AUGAGACGAUCACACGUCCUAGUACUGUGGGUAACAACAUUGACUUGUUAUGGUAAUGUUCUUGCCGAUAUAUCAGAAAUUGCAAAUGGAACCUUAUUUGAAAAUGGAUAUCACUACAAGAAAUCAAGUUCUAGAUUGACAAAUAUAUUUAAUAAAGAAAAUGUCGAAAUAUCGGUGAAUGAUACAAAUACAAAUAAAUAUGAUUAUACAAGUAGUAGUAGCAACGAAAAAAACAAUAGCUCUAAUUAUUCAGAACCUUUUGUGCUUGGAGAUCCUGCUACUUCCAAACUGGUUAAUUCUCAAACUAAUGUGCAUUCAAAUGUUUUGUCGAAAGCAGAAGCUGAAGUAAUUGCUAUUGAAGAUGAAUCACUAGCCAAUAACAAAGUCAUUUAUCAAAAAUCUCAACAGCAGAUCAAUAGUCGUCCUAAUAAACAAGAAGGCUCUAACUAUUGGUGGAUGGCUUUUGGAAGUCCUUUCAAACCUCAGAAUGAUUGCAACGGCAAUGAUUGCCAAGUUAGUGAAACCUUGACUAGUGAAAUCAAAGGAAGCGGUACAGUUGGUGGAAUCGCAUCUAGCGAAGAUUUUACUGCAGGUAGCGACUCGUCAAAUGUGGGUAUAGCUGGACCAUUGGAAAAUCAUGGAAACCAAUUUUUAGAUAAAUCAAUCGAUACAUCAUCUGCUAUUUCUUCGACUACAUCGUCGAAUAUUAAUGUUGAUACUAGAUUAAGCUCAGACAUAGUUAUUAAACCAAGCAAUCCCUUUUUGAAUGGUGAUUAUGAAGAAUUAAAAAAAAACGGUGGAACUUCAUCUGGAAUUUAUACUUCAACGGAAACUGUCGAUUCUAAUGAAUUACCUGAUCAUCCUAGUAACACGCAUUUUGAUAGAUUACGCGCCGGACAACUUGGUAAUCGUUUCUUUGGUAGCCAUAGAGGAAUAGGCAGUGGCAAUUUCGCAGGACCAUUCGCUGGACAAUCUGGAGCCGGGAUAGGAACUAAUGUAAAUGCUGGUGCUCAAGGCGGUCUAGGAGGAUAUGGUAAUUUCCAACAUGGCGCAGAAUCAAAUAGAGGCGUUAAUUUAGGAAGUUUUGGACCGGGAAUAUUUAGUGGAAACCACGGAGGAUUUCUCGGUGGCCAAGGAGGAUCACAAGGUGCAACUAAUGGUGGAAUUGUUACUCAAGGGGGUUCUCAAGGAAGUUCUCAGUUCGGGGGUCACCUAGGUGGUCAGUUUGGAGGAGGAUCUUCUGGUCAAACUAGCCCGACAGCAGGAAUCGGAAUUAAUGGUGGGGCUCAAGGAAAUUCUCAGUUCGGGGGUCACCUAGGUGGUCAGUUCGGAGGAGGAUCUUCUGGUCAAACUAUUCCGACAGCAGGAUUCGGCAUUAAUGCUGGAGCUCAAGGAAGUUCUCAGUUCGGAGGUCACCUAGGUGGUCAGUUUGGAGGAGGAUCUUCUGGUCAAACUAUUCCGACAGCAGGAUUCGGCAUUAAUGCUGGAGCUCAAGGAAGUUCUCAGUUCGGAGGUCACCUAGGUGGACAGUUUGGAGGAGGAUCUUCUGGUCAAACUAGCCCGACAGCAGGAUUCGGCAUUAAUGCUGGAACUCAAGGAAGUUCUCAGUUCGGGGGUCACCUAGGUGGUCAGUUUGGAGGAGGAUCUUUUGGUCAAACUAUUCCGACAGCAGGAUUCGGCAUUAAUGCUGGAGCUCAAGGAAGUUCUCAGUUCGGGGGUCACCUAGGUGGUCAGUUCGGAGGAGGAUCUUCUAGUCAAACUAGUACGACACCAGGAGUUGGCUUUAAUGCUGGAGCUCAAGGAGGUUCUCAGUUCGGAGGUCAUCUAAGUGGUCAAUUCGGAGGAGGAUCUUCUGGUCAAACUAGUACGACACCAGGAGUUGGCUUUAAUGCUGGAGCUCAAGGAGGUUCUCAGUUCGGAGGUCAUCUAAAUGGUCAGUUCGGAGGAGGAUCUUCUAGUCAAACUAGUAGUACACCAGGAGUUGGCUUUAAUACUGGAGCUCAAGGAGGUUCUCAGUUCGGAGGUCAUCUAAGUGGUCAGUUCGGAGGAGGAUCUUCUGGUCAAACUAGUACUACACCAGGAGUUGGCUUUAAUACUGGAGCUCAAGGAGGUUCUCAGUUCGGGAGUCAUUUAGGUGGUCAAUUCGGAGGAGGAUCUUCUGGUCAAACUGGUACUACACCAGGAGUUGGCUUUAAUACUGGAGCUCAAGGAGGUUCUCAGUUCGGGAGUCAUUUAGGUGGUCAAUUCGGAGGAGGAUCUUCUGGUCAAACUAGCCCGACAACAGGAUUCGGCAUUAAUGCUGGAGCCCAAGGAGCUUCUCAGUUCGGGAGUCAUUUAGGUGGUCAAUUCGGAGGAGGAUUUUCUGGUCAAACUGGCACAAAUUCAGGAGUGCAAGCUGGUGCCAGUGCUGGAGUUGAAGGAGGUGCUCAAGGAGUUGUUUCCGGACAAAGUGGAUUUGGUAUCGGAAGCACUGUUGGUCAAGCUGUUACUGGAGCUAUAAGCAAUGUAGUUUCGCAAGCUAGUCAGUUAGCUCAAAAUGGUUUUGGCAUUGGAUCUCAUAAUGGAAUAUUUGGUGGACACGGCGGAUCAGGAGGAAAUUCCGGACAAGGAGGUUUCGGCAGUGGGAGCAAUGUUGGUCAAGCUAUUGUUGGAGCUAUAGGCAACGUAGUUUCGCAAGUUGGUCAGUUUGCUCAAAAUGGUUUUGGCAUUGGAUCUCAUAAUGGAAUAUUUGGUGGACACGGCGGAUCAGACGCAUCAUUUACAGUAGGAAGUAUCACUGGAGGCGUCAGUCAGGGUAGUGUCUCUCAGAUUGAGUCACAGAGCAGUAGCACAACAUCCGGCGCUGUGUCGGGAGGAGCAAAUCAAGAAUCACAUUUUGGAUCUAAUUUAGGAUCAUCAUUUGGAUCUCACUUUGGAACCGGAUCACAUGAACUUUCUGGAAACAGUGUAACAGGGGGAACUAGCCACGGAUCUCACUUCGGCAGUGGAUCCAACGGAUCGCAGGGAGUUAAUAUUUUCGGAGGAUCGACUCAUGGAUCUCAGGGAAGUAACGUAGCGGCAGGAGCCAGUCAGGGAUCUCAAUUUGGAACGGGAACGCACGGAUCUCAUGGUGGCGCCGUAUCAGGAGGAAGCAGUCACGGUUCUCACUUUGGAAGUGGAUCACAGGGAUCACAAGGAGGUAGUGUAACGGGAGGAUUUAACCAAGGCUCUCACAUUGGAAGUGAAUGCCAUGGAUCUCAGGGAAGUAACGUAGCAACCGGAGCCAAUCAGGGAUCUCACUUUGGAACUGGAUCUCACGGAUCGCAUAGUGGAAGCGUAUCAGGUGGAAACAGUCAUGGUUCUCACUUUGGAAGUGGAUCACAGGGAUCACAGGGAUCACAGGGAUCACAGGCAGGUAGUGUAAUGGGAGGAUUUAACCAAGGCUCUCACUUUGGAACUGGAUCUCACGGAUCGCAUAGUGGAAGCGUAUCAGGAGGAAAUAAUCAUGGUUCUCACUUUGGAAGUGGAUCACAGGGAUCACAGGGAGGUAGUGUAACGGGAGGAUUUAACCAAGGCUCUCACUUUGGAACUGGAUCUCACGGAUCGCAUAGUGGAAGCGUAUCAGGAGGAAACAGUCAUGGUUCUCACUUUGGAAGUGGAUCACAGGAAUCACAGGGAUCACAGGGAGGUAGUGUAACGGGAGGAUUUAACCAAGGCUCUCACUUUGGAACUGGAUCUCACGGAUCGCAUAGUGGAAGCGUAUCAGAAGGAAACAGUCAUGGUUCUCACUUUGGAAGUGGAUCACAGGGAUCACAGGGAGGUAGUGUAACGGGAGGAUUUAACCAAGGCUCUCACUUUGGAACUGGAUCUCACGGAUCGCAUAGUGGAAGCGUAUCAGGAGGAAACAGUCAUGGUUCUCACUUUGGAAGUGGAUCACAGGGAUCACAGGCAGGUAGCGUAACGGGAGGAGUCAACCAAGGCUCUCAAUUGGAAAAUGGAUCACACGGUUCACAUGGAGGUAUUGUGGCAGGGGGGUCUAGUCAAGGAUCAUACGGAGGCAGCGUGUCAGAAGGUGGGAGUCAUGGUCAGUUUGGUAUCGGUUCUUCAAGUCAGCUUGGCAUUAGUUCACAAACGGGUACUGGUAGCCAAAGUCAAUAUGUUGGUGAAUACAAUAUGGGCUCACAUGGUAGCUCCCAAACUAGUAGUAGUAGUAGCAAUAACAGCAGCUUUGUAAGCAGUUUUGAGUCGAAUUAUGAAAGUAGUUUUGGUAGUAAUUCUAGUUCUAGCUUCGAAAGUUCAUCCUUUCAAUUCGGAACGUCGCCCACUACGCCAGGUGCUAGUUUACAUAAUGAAUCAAGCGGAGGAUACGUGUACGAAAAACCAGAGAUACCGUUUGAAAUUGGAAAUACUCUCAGCUGUAAUGGCGAUGGAAAAAUUUGCAUUGCGAAGCAUAAAUGUGUGAAUGGCUAUGUAAUCUUAGCAGGAGUCUAUCAAGUUGGUCAUCAGAACCAGAAGUGUAAUGUUGCCUAUGAAGUAUGCUGCACUUUAAUCAAUCAACAACCAGGUUAUGGCCAAGAAGGUCAAUUGAUUAGCAUCCCACAAGGAGCAGUUGGUGUUAAUCACGGCUAG